GCUCUCGGCCGGUUUUUUGCUAACUGCACAGUUCGCAGCGGUACUUCCGUCUCGGUCUCUCCGCGACUUAAAAUGCGGUGAAGUGCUACAUUUUACGUAGUAUUUUGGGGAGCUCGACCGCACUCCUCGCCCUGUUCCAUACGGACGACCGAGAAUUUGUCCUAUUUCACAACGAGCUGACCGAUAAAGUUUAUGAUUAUUCGGAGUUACGCUAGUGCCGACCGGUCGAGCGACGACUCGCGACUCACGUGUACUCUGUUUUUAUUUUUAUCCGUCACGCGAUCGGCUCGACCGAUUAAAACUCGCCAGAAAAACGUGAAUUAAUAGGUAUACCUAAACGUAGAAUAUUAAUUUCCUCGCCGGGCGAUUAUCACAAAAAUCGCGAGUAAACCUGUCCUCUAAUAUAAAGCAGGAUUCACUUGACGUAAUUAUAAUUAGCAUAUAUGUAGCGGCGCGAGCGCACGCGCCCCGAGUACGGCCGCAGUCAGCAGUCCGCGGCAUGGCGUCUAAAGCUAAGGUCACGCUCCACGCGCUGCUGCUGGCGUGCACGGUCGUGCUAGCGCAUCUGGCCCGCAGCGCGCUGCCCGUCAGCGACGCCACCAAGCGCUACCUGGGCACCCCGCGCGCCGCCCUCCUCAACUUCACCGAGACGUGCGCCGCGCACCGCUACCGCGCCGAGGAGCAUCGCGUGCGCACCGCCGACGGCUACCUGCUGACCGUCUUCCGCGUGGGCCGCGCCGGCUGCGCGCCGCGUCGCCCGCCCGUGCUGCUCAUGCACGGCCUGCUGCAGAGCGCCGACGCCUUCCUGGACCCCGGCCCGCGCGCCGGUCUGCCCUACCUGCUGGCCGACCGCUGCUUCGACGUGUGGGUGGGCAACAUGCGCGGCAACUACUACGCGCGCCGCCACGAGACCCUCGACCCCGACCGUGACGCCGCCUUCUGGGACUUCGGCGUCGAGGAGAUCGGCCUCCACGACAUCCCAGCGACGAUCGACUACGUGCUGCAGCACACCGGCGCCCGGAAGCUCAACUACGUGGGCUUCUCGCAGGGCUCGGGGACGUUCUUCGUGAUGUGCUCGGAGGUGCCGGGCGCCUGCGACAAGGUGAACGUGCACAUCGGGCUGGCGCCGGCCGCGCGCCAGACGCACACGCGGUCCGUCAUCUACCGCGCGUUCGCGGCGACGCUGCGCAAGCUGCGCGGCGUGCUGGCGAUGGCGGGCUACAACGAGGUGCUGGCGCGCGGCGCGCUCGGCCACGAGUUCCUGGCGUUCAUGUGCCACCUGUCGUGGAAAUCGGAGAAGCUGUGCGGCACGGCCGAGGCGAUGUUCGACUCCUUCCACCCCGGCUCCAUCUCGAACGACACGCUGUUCAACAUGUUCGGCCACUUCCCGGCGGGCACGUCGCUCAAGACGUUCGUGCGGUACGCGCAGAGCUUCGAGAGCCCGCGCUUCGCCAAGUUCGACUACGGGGAGGAGCGCAACCGGCGCGAGUACGGCGACGCGCGCCCGCCCUCGUACAACCUGUCGGCGGUGACGGCGCCCAGCGUCAUCCUGUACGGGCGGAACGACCACCUGGUGGACGUGCAGGACGUGGCGUGGCUGGUGAGGCGGCUGCCGCGCGUGCUGGAGGCGACGGAGGUGGCCGAGCCGCUGUGGAACCACUUCGACUGCACCUACAGCCGGCACAUCCCCGACAUGAUCUUCCCCACCGUGUACAAGUACCUGCUGCGGUACAGCGUCACGUAGCCGGUCAGCGCGCUCGGGCCGGGGAAGUGAUCUGCGAGUAUGAUGUCGGCGGCCGGCCGGGAGAUUUGCAUUGUAAAUCGGUGACCAGUGUAUUGACUAUUGGCUGUGGACAAUUGUAGAUAUUAGGUGUAAGUGAACGAUUUAAUCGAUUGCCAAAAACCUAGGUAUGUAGGUAGUUAUAUAAAAUUAUAGUAAGCUCGUAGGUAGGUUUUAAAAGUCCAUUUUUGAGGAUGACGCCAACGCUCAAGUUAGAGCCAGUCCUCACGGUGCGUUGAGAUGUGUGGACUGGCUAAAAUAUUUUGACGCAUAGCUGGCCGUGUUUAUUACGAAGCAGGCCUUGUACCAUAAAACUGUUUUGAGACUCGGACCAGAAUGCUGCGUCCCACUCUAACAAACGUGAAUUGACGUUGUUAGAGCAGGACGCGGCAUUCUCAUCCGAUUGUUUCAAAACAGUUUCAUAGUAGGCCUACAGUCUACGUCAACACCGCUUCGUCUCGGGGGCUGUUGUCCGUCAUAUGUGCGUCAUUGUGAACACCUUGGUUAUUUGUAUGUAAACAACGCUACGGCAGCGCUGC